CGGGCUCAAAAUCUAGACACACUCUUCCCCAGCUGGUUUCUAACAGUGCAGACGUGUAACAUUACAUUAAUAUUAAUUUUUGCCGUGCUUUAACUUUCCCACCGGAAAAUCAUAACAACCCGUGUCUAUCACAAUAUAGGAUUUUUAAAGAAAAAUGACCACCGUUGAGGAACUGAAGCUGCGAAUCCGUGAGUUAGAAAAUGAACUAAUUAAAUCCAAACAGAAGCAAAGUGAUGCGGAACAUCACCUCAGACCAAAGAUUGAUCAAAUGAGUGCUGAAGUCGUAGACUCAAAUCCAUACAGUCGUCUGAUGGCACUCAAAAGAAUGGGCAUAGUUCAAGACUACGAGAGGAUCCGCUCGUAUGCUGUGGCUGUGGUGGGAGUGGGAGGAGUGGGCAGUGUCACUGCAGAAAUGCUCACCAGAUGUGGCAUUGGUAAGUUGCUGCUGUUUGACUAUGAUAAGGUGGAGUUGGCCAACAUGAACCGGCUCUUCUUCCAGCCACAUCAGGCAGGGCUCAGUAAAGUUGAGGCUGCAGAACACACUCUUAGGAGCAUUAAUCCAGAUGUUCCUUUUGAGAGCCACAAUUACAACAUCACCACAAUGGACAACUUCACGCACUUCAUGAACCGCAUUAGUCACGGAGGACUUGAGGAGGGAAAGCCGGUGGAUUUGGUCCUCAGUUGUGUUGAUAACUUUGAGGCUCGGAUGGCCAUUAAUACGGCAUGUAAUGAGUUGGGUCAGGUCUGGAUGGAGUCGGGUGUCAGUGAGAAUGCCGUUUCUGGACACAUUCAGCUCAUCAUCCCUGGAGAAACUGCUUGUUUUGCUUGUGCACCUCCUCUCGUAGUGGCUGCAAAUAUCGACGAGAAGACGUUGAAAAGGGACGGGGUUUGUGCUGCGAGUCUGCCCACCACAAUGGGAGUGGUCGCCGGACUCCUUGUGCAGAACGUUUUGAAGUUUCUGUUGGGGUUUGGGACAGUGAGUUAUUACCUGGGCUAUAAUGCCAUGCAGGAUUUCUUCCCGAGCAUGGCAAUGAAGGCCAACCCACAGUGUGACGACAGACACUGCAGACGACAACAGGACGAGUACAAGAAAAAAGAAGUAGAGCGGCCAAAGCAGGAAGUGGUACAGGAAGAAGAGGAAGUGGUGCAUGAGGACAAUGAAUGGGGCAUUGAGCUGGUUUCAGAGGUGUCAGAGGCAGAGCUUCAGGACGCAUCGGGACCGGUACCAGAUCUGCCCGAGGGCAUUACUGUAGCCUACACCAUACCUGAGAAGGAUGGAGCGUCAGGGGAGACGGUGGAGGAAACCGAUCAGAGUUUAGAAGAGCUGAUGGCUCAGAUGAGAAAGAUGUAAGAGAACAACAAUCAAGAGGAAAGUGACAUCCAUGAACUCAGAAAAAACUCUCCCAAACUCAUUAUUAUUAGUACUUACAUAUGUAACAUCGGAGGUCUCAUACUAAACGAGUUUGGAUUUAGUUUUUUUUUUUAUUCUGUUUUUGCAAGCAGCCUGUAACACAAGAUCUUUACAGGUUUACUUCAACUGAAAGUCUUAAUUCUGCUGAUUCUUUAAUUUCACAGUGUUUCAGAGCUGGCAUGGAAUGGUUAAUAGAACAAAUCAGAAAAGAUUGUUUUUAUUUUUAAUAACUGUUGUUACCAAGAAAUGGUUUUGUGACAGAAACUGAUACGACUUCAGCCACAGAUGUGAAAGUGUUCUUGUCAUGUCUGAAACCGAAUGUGCUUGUGGACACCCAACCUGAUGUUAUAAAGAACAACACGCAACAUAUUUCAGAUAUCUCAUCAUUGGCCUGAUUCUGACUGCUGUAUUGAAUGGUAUAACAUUGUAAUAAUGCAAAUGAAAAAAUAAAUGUAUUGGGUAUUACAUUCCA